AUGCGACUGCAGCACCACGAGAGUCGCAAAAACACCGUACGGAGGGUCAGGAUGCAGCGGGCUCAAUGUCACGCAGUUUUACCAGCGAGCAGCCAGACAAGAGCCAGCUUUAAAGCACUGAUGUCGUCGCAUUUGGAAAUAUAAGACAUUCUGCACUGAGGCAGUGACCUCUCAAAGACAUCCCUAAAUCCCCCUCCCCUGCCUUCUUUUUGAGCCAUAUGUCCACUGGUCCACCAUGUCCACCCAUAUUUGUAGAGUGGUGGAGCAGAUGCUGCGCUCUGCCUGCUGCCAGACGAUCGCAAGUAGAUCCUGUUUGCGCAAGGCACUGUUUACCCCUGUUAGUUCCUCUGGCCUCUGUGUUUAUGGGGCUCCUGUGCUUCAUAGAAGGGCCUACAGCCUAGACUCUCUCUCUCUGGGUCCUGGUCGGCCCUCGCUCGGUCCAAACUCCCAACAGCCCCGUGCAGAGAGGACGUCCCCCUCGUCCGCACUCACACACAGGAACCUGUCUGCUGUAGCUGUACAGGGACAGUGUCGACCUCUGUGCCGGUAUGACUUCCUGGACCUCGGGGAGGUGGAGGAGAAUGUACGCCGUGCUCUGGCCUGUAAAAAAAUUAGACACUUCAUAGUGGACCCAGACCUGGCUGAUUUAAUAACACAGCAUGUAGGACCUGAUCUGCAGGAUGGUAAAACCGUUAUCUUCGAAUGUAACCCAGGUCCUGGGGUGUUGACUAGGACACUGCUAAAUGCUGGAGCUCAGAGAGUUGUGGCUCUUGAGGGUGACAAGGCCUUCCUACAUGAGCUACAGGACCUGGAACGUCGUCUUGAUGGUCAGCUGGAAGUGCUUCAUUGCGACUACUUUAAACUGGACCCCAUUGGCAGUGGCAACGUGAAACCCCCAGCCAUGUUCACAGACAAGUUGUUCACUGACCUGGGAAUAUCAGAAGCUAGUUGGACUGAUGACGUCCCGGUGAAGGUGGUAGGAAUCCUGCCUCAGCGUAAUGAGCGCAGCUUGCUGCUGAAGAUGGUUUACGCAUUGUUUGAACGGCUGUCUGUCUACAGAUAUGGAAGAAUAGAGCUGAACCUCUUCAUGAGCGAGAAGGAAUACCUGAAAUUGGUGUCGCGUCCUGGUGAAAUGAUGCACUACAGAGCUUUCAGUGUCCUCUGGCAAAUGGCCUGUGAUAUUGAACUACUGCACAAGGAACCCUGGGAGUCGUUUGUGGUGUCUUCAAGACAGAAUGUGCCCAGCUACAAAAGCAGUCUUCCCAAUGAACACCUGUGCCUGGUGCGCCUGCGUCCACGAGCCAGUCUGUUCUCUGCAGGCCUCUCUCCGUCUAAUGCUUCAACUCUGCUGAUGAUGGUUAAACAGUGUUUGGCAAAGAGGAAGGUCAAGCUUAUCGACAGGCUCAAUCUCUGGUCUCCAGAUAGCGGGAGUAAGCUGUUAUCAGAGAUGGGCUUGCCAGAGGACAUACUGACAGGCCACGUAUACCCAGAGGAGUAUCUUCGACUGUUUCAGCUGAUGGACAAAAGCCAGGAGUUCACACAAAGCUGGCUUUAUGAAGAGAUCUUGGAGAACACGCAGAGAGAGGGUUGGGGCUAAAAUAUACACCAACAGGUCAUAACAACAGACUCAGCCACUUGAAAUACAGAAGGUACAUACAAAGCUAUGUAUAAUACACUGAAGAUGUAAUAUAUUUAAAAUGUGUUAUGUAAUGGAACAGAGAUAGAAACAUAAACAAACAGUUAAUUAUUAAUGGUUUUGUUACUGAAUUAAUUUAAACAUUUGCAACAAACUGUACUCUGGGGCAGACUGUCUCUGUUGUUCUGAGCUGGAAUUCCCAAAAGCUGAGAUUUGAAACAGAAGCUCAGUUUGGUUAUUUUGGGCUCUUAUGUAUGACACUUCUUGUGAACUGACUGCCAGUGUGAGAAAACAUGUUUUCUGGAAUUAAAGGCUUUGUUUGGACAAAGGUGUUAAUCCCAUUAAAGAAUAAAUCCCAGUAUGAACACAGCAGCGUAUUGCCUGAGGAGGCUGAAAAAAAAGCUUCAUGGAUGCACCAGGUCAUGCAAAAGAGGUUAUGAUUUGGAGAUGUGCAUGGGUUGCACUUAAACAACUUGCACAACUGCGGUUUUGGGAUUCCAGUAUUUUGUGGUGGCAGUUUGACAGAGCAUACACCCUGCAUUCUGUAUGUCGUGUAGCUUUUCAGUCUUCAGCAGCGCAGGAGGAAGUUUUUCACUGUAUAGCAUCAAGUCUUGUAUAUUUUUCUAUAUCCAUUUGAGUGCAUAAGCUAGUGUAAGUGAAAUGUCAGGUUUUAUGGAAUAUGUAAGCUACAUUUCUAAACUCAUAAUUAAAUCAGAAUUUCCACAUAGAUUCAUAGAUUAAUUCCAGCCCUGCUGCAGUGUGAGCUUGCACCAUCAGUGUUCUUAUUAUGAGGCGUAUGGGUGUUUUAGCCAGACUAAAUCUAUUAUUUCACUUGCCUGGUUGCCUUGAUUGACAACCUGGUCAUUUUAGGUUGUUAUUUGAGGAUGUUUUUUUUUUUUUUUUUAAAGCAUUGCCUUUUUUUGAAAUGCUUCCCAAAGUCAAAUGAAAGCAUCUGGUUUCAUGUAAUAUAUGUGAGGCAAUAACACAAAUGUAUGAAGAUAUAAAGAAUGAAAUAAAUUAUUUUACAGUAAA